AUGGGCUGCUGUGGCUCGAGGGAGGAUGUAUGUGGCCAGGUGUACCUGGAGAUGCUUCGACGGCUUAGCGUCACACCGGCACACACCGAUAAGGCCGCCGUCGAUUUGAGACGAAACAUCGAGUUUGUGAAAAUAUUGGGCAUGCGUGGAGGCGGCAGCGAGGAUGCUGAAGCAGUGCAGUGUGCAACGGUGGAACAGCUUCAGAUGUUUGACCGCGAGCAGUGGAAGUUGUCCUCGAUUCACGCAUACAACGCUCAACUUCUGCUGGACGCCGCAGAGGACAUCUGCCGCUAUCGCAACCCACAUGCCAACAAUACUCUUGUUGCUUUGCAUCGAUGCGACUACAGCCCGUGGUUGCUGUACAUGUGCGAAUUCUACCAUGUGAUGGGCGUCUUUGAGAAGGCGAAGCUGCUGUCGAAGGGGACUUGGGAGAAGGCAAGCAUUAGUGCUGCAGGCCUCACAAAGUGUCUGACUGCCUUGAAGACUGAGUUUGCGUCGGCCUUUGCGUCAAGUAGGGGGCCUGGUGCUGCUUUUAACCCGCCCUCUUCGGCCACGUCAAGCGCGGUGGUGGAGCAGGUUUCACGGUGGUUUCUUUAUCCCUUAAGCGUCAGCGGAGACGACGGAGCAGCGUCGGAGCAGGUCAUUACGCUGGUGGCGGUGGUGCGUUGGCUGGUUUUGCGGCACGUGGUGGCGAUGUGUGAUGAAUACUCCGCUUCUGCAACAGAGGCGCCCAUGGACGCGAAGAUGGGAGUGGAGAGUGUCUAUCGCGGGGAAAAAGAGCCAGAACCGGAACCAGAGUCGGAUCCAGUGCUAGAGCCAGAGUCAGUGCUAGAGCCAGAGCCAGAACCAGAGCCAGAACCAGAGCCAGAGUCAGUGCUAGAGCCAGAGCCAGAGUCAGUGCUAGAGCCAGAGCCAGAGCCAGAGCCAGAGCCAGAGUCAGUGCUAGAGCCAGAGCCAGAGCCAGAGCCAGAGUUAGUGCUAGAGCCAGAGCCAGAACCGGAAUCAGAUACUAAGAUGAAGCGAUACUGGGGUGACGCGUUUGCGAGUCACAAGUUAUUUCUUGUGAAUGCGUUGGAGGACCCUUCGCAGCUGGAGGUCUUGUUUUUAGCCCUUACACAUGGAACCAGGCAACUUUCAGAGGCGGAUGCUACAGCAGGAAUGUACGAGCACUUUGAAAUGGGGGAUAUGUUUGAGGACCAAUGCGUGCAUGAUACGCUGGUGCGGGUUGCCUUCCAUGUGGUGGCGCGCGAUUUUGGCGACGGCACCGCAAGCAUCCGUAGCGUGUCAACUUUUGGUCAAUUCCUGCGGGCGUAUCUCGCGGUGUUGGGGCUCUACCACGAGACUAUGCUAUGCGAGGGCAUGGCCGCUGGCACCGAACCCCGGUACGGGGCAUCGGCCCCAGACUUGAACAGGGGCAUCCUGACGCAGGUGCUAAAGGCCAUGGGUGAUGGUGAUGCUGGCGGAGGCGGCGGUGAUGCUGCCUACGACAACCGGGUCGACCAUUUUGUGCAUUCCGUCUUUGGCAGCGGCAAUGACUCUCACCAAGUUCCGUUUCUGGAAAUUGCCGACCCAUGGGCCGCAUUGCUGUUACAGGAAGGAAACAAAGACAAGUUAAAAGACAUCUCUGAACUGUUUCAUGCCCUUGGGCUUAGUGAUAAUAGCGGACGGGCGUCCAUUCUCUCGCUGCUUGUUGCCAGUAGCUUGGAUGGCAACGACGCCGAUUCGAUGUUUAACACCUUGAAGGCGAAGGUGGAUUUGUCAGGCUACUGCUACGCAGCGGAGAGUGCUGGCAGCUGCGCACGCAGAGUGUGGGUGAAGGAAUGUGAGCAGUGGGUGCGGGAAGGCGCGCCCGCAUCAGUGAAUACGGAGGGUGCAACGGAUGACCAUGAUGCGAAGGAGAGACUCAUUCUUGCAGACAUUCAUUUAAAACGUUUACUACACGGCGUCUAUGGCACCAUAGUUGCUGCAGUUGAGCUGGAGAAGGCGCUUUUACAGGGCGCUGCUGAUGGUUCUAAGCAUUUCUGCACGCCCAAGUGGGACCUUGAGACACCAGUGCCUAUGCAGGCUUGCUCAAAUCUCCUGCGUGAGGCGGCGACUGUGCUAAAGAUCCAGGAUAUCGGUGAGGUGCCGGCUAACACAUGUGAAAAAAGUGGUAAGCACGGUGAUGUUGACGCAGCAGCACAGAUGUGCGUCACUGCCUCGCUCUUGGUGCAGCAUAUUUCCUUGCAGUAUGUGAAUAGUAAAGUGCAACAGUGGAGGGAGGAGGCGUGGCGACGGUUACAAGCUGCGUGGCCUGUGAGCAGCGAGGACGCGCGUAUGGAGGCGUUCUUUAAUGCCCUAAUGCAACGGGCAAGCAAGCAUGCUGAGACACAUUUGCGCGUCAGUGAGAACCUGUACGAGCAGUACACCUCGGACGUUUUGCUCGUCAUGCCAAAUAGGGAGUUUCAGGCCUUGUGCUGCAAGGCGUUGUCCGCAGUGGGGGACCCCAGUGGCAGCAUCUUCACCUCAGAAGACCUCCCCGCGUUUUUGCGCUACAUCUUGGGCUACACAUAUGUGUUAAUUUCGUUUGGGGUGCCACACAAUGGCCGCGUUUGUGAUGCGGUGGCGCCAACGUGGGAAGAACUGGAGGUGUGGGUGCGGCGUGAGACCGGGGCCGCCAUGGAUGGGGCUGUGAGGGCGGUCUUCAAGCAUCUUGCAAGCCCCAGCGGGAACGGUGUGCCUCUGAAGGAGGUGGCGGUUUGGUUUGCUGGCCGAGCUGCACUCCAAGACACGUCUGGGGUCAGGCUUCGCAUUUGGAGGCGCCAGCUGCGCGACAUGAUCCCGGCCGGGGAUACGGCGGGAGACAGGAAUAAGCGUCGGGAGACUGCAAACGAAAUCCGUGCGGCGAGCGGCUACAUUACCCUUAGCGCCCUCGUGGAGCUAUGCUCCACCCGCUACCAACUUUGGCGCGUGUGGCCACCGGAGUUAGGAAGCAACUUCGUGGCGUUUAGCUUGCGGGAAACCAACAAGGUGUUGCGGCGCAUGGAGUUGCGGGACAGUGCGCUACGCUACACUGACCUCCAUUUUUUUCUGCUCUUCGUGCGCUCUUACCUGGACGUCCUUCUUGACGGGGCAUGUGUGCUGGAGGUGGAGGAAGGCGAUGAAGGAACGAGGUCCAAAGAAGCUCAACAUCCAUUUGCAGCUAGGCGUAUGUUAUGGACAGACGAUACGAUGCGCCCCGCUCUGCAGACGCUUCUGCGAGACAGAAACUUGGACGAGGAGGUACUUUUGCAGGUGGUUCUGGGCUGUGGGACGGCACCGUGCACCACAUCCCAUGUGGCCCUGACUGUGGCACGUGCGACCGUCGGCGAUGCUCUGAAGCGAUUUCUCGAAAAGGCUGCGGGAGGCCCUUGGCCAGACUCUCUGUGGGAUCGCCUGCGUCAACGACUUCCCAGCGUGGACUCCACAGAGCAGCGGCUGAAACGUCAGGAGCUGUUUGCGCUGAUAGACGUGCGGGGGGCGCGGCUGCUCACCCUGUGCGACCUGUACCAUGGCAUGGUGGAGCAGCUUUCCCUGCACGAGUUUCGUGAGGAUUUGCAGCCGAUAGUCUUUCGUGCCUUCUCUGCCACGAAGGAGGUGACGUUUUUCGCAGCAGAGCGUUGUCUACCUGACUGA